GGAGUUGUGAGUGCGGCGGCAGCGGUGCUGAAUAUGGCGUCAGACGGGAUGAUUUUAACAAACCACGACCACCAAAUCCGGGUCGGGAUCCUGACAGUAAGUGACAGCUGCUUUCGAAAUCUCGCUGAGGACCGCAGCGGGAUCAACCUCAAAGACCUCGUGCACGACCCGUCCCUGCUUGGAGGAACCAUCUCAGCAUACAAAAUUGUUCCUGAUGAGCUCGAUGAGAUCAAGGAAACGCUGCUUAAUUGGUGUGAUGAGAAAGAGUUGAACCUGAUUUUGACCACCGGUGGAACUGGUUUCGCCCCACGAGAUGUCACUCCAGAGGCCACUAAAGAAGUGAUCGAGCGAGAAGCUCCGGGGAUGUCUCUGGCCAUGCUGAUGGGCUCUCUUAACGUCACUCCUCUGGGCAUGCUCUCCAGACCAGUGUGUGGUAUCCGAGGGAAAACGCUCAUCAUAAACUUGCCGGGCAGUAAAAAAGGUUCACAGGAAUGUUUUCAGUUCAUUCUGCCCGCUCUCCCUCAUGCUGUCGACCUGCUGCGAGAAGCAGUCGUCAAAGUGAAGGAGGUGCCCAACGAGCUGGAGGACUUGCCCUCGCCCCCGCCGCCUCUGUCCCCGCCCCCCGCCAGCAGCCCUCACUGCCAGACCGAGGACAAGGGAGUGCAGUGUGAGGACGAGGAGGAGGAGAAGAAGGACAGCGGUGUGGCCUCCACAGAGGACAGCUCCUCCUCACACAUCACAGCCGCCUCCAUCGCUGCCAAGAUUCCAGACGCCAUCAUCUCGCGCGGUGUUCAGGUCCUUCCUCGUGACACGGCGUCACUGAGCUCAACGCCGUCCGAGUCGCCACGUGCACAGGCUACCUCUCGCCUCUCUACUGCAUCCUGCCCCACCCCUAAGGCGCGGCUUCCCUCCUCCUCAUCCACCCUAAGCAUUGCUGAGGCGUCUCGGCGAGAGUUCAGGGCUCACCUGGAUGAGGUCAUCACACUCAAGUCAAGGUACUCUACCUUGGACCAGCUCCAGUGUAGGUUGGAGGUGCUUAAAGAUGAUCGACGUGGCCAUAGGACCUUCAGUUCUCGAGUUCAGUCGCGAUGCAGCAGCAAGGAGAAUAUUUUAAGAGCAAGUCACAGCGCGGUGGACAUCACCAAAGUGGCUCGCAGACACCGUAUGUCCCCGUUUCCCCUCACCUCUAUGGACAAAGCCUUCAUCACUGUGCUAGAGAUGACUGCUGUCCUGAGUACUGAAAUCAUCAACUACAGAGACGGCAUGGGUCGAGUUCUGGCUCAGGACGUUUAUGCCAAAGAUAACCUGCCUCCGUUUCCUGCCUCUGUUAAAGAUGGUUACGCUGUAAGAGCGGCUGACGGUCCCGGUGACAGAUUUAUUAUCGGUGAAUCUCAAGCUGGUGAACAGCCAACACACACCGUGAUGCCGGGUCAGGUGAUGCGGGUGACAACGGGCGCACCCAUUCCGUGCGGGGCGGAUGCUGUGGUGCAGGUAGAAGACACAGAACUGCUGCGUGAAUCUGAAGAUGGCACAGAAGAGCUUGAGGUGAGAAUUCUGGUUCAAGUGCGUCCCGGUCAAGAUAUCAGGCCCAUCGGUCAUGACAUUAAGCGUGGCGAAUGUGUGCUGGCUAAAGGCACUCAUAUGGGCCCGUCUGAAAUCGGUCUGCUGGCUACAGUCGGCGUCACUGAGGUGGAAGUGCAGAAGUUUCCCGUCGUAGCUGUCAUGUCUACAGGCAAUGAGCUGCUGAACCCAGAAGAUGAUUUACACCCCGGUAAGAUCAGAGAUUCAAACCGUUCAACGCUGUUGGCCACCAUACAGGAGCACGGCUACCCCACCAUCAACCUGGGCAUCGUAGGAGACAACCCCGAUGACCUGUUGAACGCUUUGAAUGAGGGAAUCAAUCGUGCUGAUGUCAUCCUCACCUCAGGGGGCGUGUGCAUGGGGGAAAAGGAUUACCUGAAGCAGGUACUUGAUAUAGACCUGCACGCUCAGAUACACUUUGGACGUGUCUUCAUGAAACCAGGUCUGCCCACAACAUUUGCCACAGUUGAUAUGGACGGGUCUCGAAAACUGAUCUUUGCUCUGCCAGGUAGGGAUGGCAAUCCAGUGUCGGCGGUCGUAACGUGUAACCUCUUCGUCAUUCCUGCCUUGAGGAAGAUGCAGGGAAUCUUAGACCCUCGACCCACCAUCAUCAAAGCCAGGCUGUCAUGUGAUGUGAAGUUAGAUCCGCGGCCUGAGUAUCACCGCUGUAUUUUAACAUGGCACCAUCAGGAACCUCUGCCAUGGGCACAGAGCACAGGGAACCAGGUCAGCAGCCGACUGAUGAGCAUGCGCAGCGCCAACGGACUCCUGAUGCUACCACCCAAAACCGAGCAAUACGUGGAGCUGCACAAGGGCGAAGUCGUCGACGUCAUGGUCAUCGGCCGUCUAUGAUGUCAUCAAAGAGGGACAGAGAAUGAGGGGCGGUUCACGGUGCAUGUUCACAUAUCAUUGACUGUAAUAUGCAACAGCACAGCUAGUUUCUUCUGAUUCGGAUGAACGCUGAAGUAUAGUCAACAUCUUGAUCACAAAACUAGAUAUGUAUGAGAAAAAAAUUUAUUUAAAGAUUCUAUUAUUUCAAACCAAGAAAAAAAUGUAACUUUUAAAUGAUAAAAUCUUAUUAUAAAAAGAGAUAUAUUCUGUAUUAUUAAUAUUAUUACUGCAUUUUUCUUCUCAUUACUAUUAUUAUUAUAUUAAGGCAACUUUGUUCUUUUCAUUGCAAUUUAUUUGUGUGUUCGAUGCUAGAUCUUAUAGCUGUAGCAUUUUAAUAUAAAACAGUAGGUGCCUGCCAGGAAAACGAAGAACAUGAUUUCCCCUCCCUAAAGUAAAAAAAAGACGAUGACACAUGACUGCUUUUGUUUAUGAACGUGGGGAACAAACACAACAACUUGAAACCUGGACUCUAUACGGUGGCCCUUUAUGUCUUAAGUGUCAUGGACGUGACACUUUUACUUUUCCUCUCAUUAGUACGCAUCAUUAUGACAUCACAAAGAGCUUUGCUUGUUGUUUAUCUCGUGAGUCUUGUUUGUGUGCGCAGUGCCAAACGCGUGGGUGCCCAUCGGUCGUGCCCGGGGGAACACGGGCCUGGUCACCUGAUCCCUGAAGCUUCCUUAUAAUCACAUGACCUGGUGUAGCCCUAGCCCCCCCGGGGGGCGGAGUCACAGGCGAACAUUUUAUUUGAAUAUACUUUAAAAAGAUGAGAAAUAAAAAUAACAGCUUAUUUAAGUGCUGACUGCCUUUUUAAUCAACUACACAAACAUGUACAGUAAAUAAAAAUAAGAAUUGAAUUGUACAGAUAAAUAUGACCAGCACUCCUGCAGAAUAUGACCAAGCAAUGAGGAGACAUUGAACAAAUCUGUAUAAUAACAUUUUCUGUAAUGAUAAGAACCUAAUGAGAGAGACUACAAUAAUAAAAUCCUUGAUCAUUAUAUAAAAAUAGCAUUGUGGAAUUUUCUUCUAA